UUUUUUGGAAUUUCUCUCAUCAAUAUUUUUUGUCUUUUUUUUCAGAUUAACGGUGGUUUAAAUGACUGUUUUACUCAUAUAAUUAUUGAUGAGGCAGGACAAGCAGAUGAACUUGAAGCUUUAAUUCCUUUAGUUGGCCUAAUAAGUCAUUUAAAUAACAAAACAAAAAUAAUUUUUGCUGGGGAUCCAAAACAAUUGGGGCCUGUACAGACUUGUGAUCCUUUGAAAAAGAUGGCUAAAUCAAUGGCUAUAAUUGAACGUUUAACUGAUUUUAAUGGAUUAAUGAAUUCUUUUGAUUUUGACAAGAGAAUAACAACAAUGUUAGAAAAUAAUUAUCGUUCACAUCCUGCAUUUUUAACAAUUCCUUCACAAUUAUUUUAUGGUGGUAAAUUAUGCCCUAGUGCUCCUAUUAAAACAAAAAAUACAUUGUGUCAAUGGGAUGAUCUUCCAAAUAAGAAUAAUUUUCCUCUACUUUGGCAUUCAAUUGUUACACCAGAAUCACGCGAUACCGAAAAUAAAUCUUAUCAAAAUCUUGCGGAAUGCGAUGUUGUUUGUGGUUAUGUGCAAAAAUUAACUAUUGGAGCAAAAGUUAAAGCAGCAGAUAUUGGAAUUAUUACACCAUAUAGAUUUCAGAUUAAACUUCUUCGAAGUCGUUUUGCCAAAACACAUCCUCAAUUGCUUAUUGAUUCUGUUGAGAGAUUUCAAGGAUGUGAAAGACGUGUAAUUAUUAUUUCAACUGUUCGUUCUAAUGGAAUUGGUUUUUUAGAUUGCCAAAAACGUUUCAAUACAGCAGUUACUCGACCUAUGGAAUUACUUAUUAUUGUUGGUGAUUCUCGUAAUAUGGCUAAAGUUGGUUGUUGGGGACGGUAAAAAAAAUUUUUUGAAUAAUUUUAAUAGGAAAUUCUGGGCCAUAAAUUCUAGUCUCUUAA